UUCUGAAUACAAAAAAUGUUCUCUACCGUCUGCAAAGUUGGCCGUUUGGCCACGAGGACGGUAGUCAACAGCUCUUUGGCUGAGAAGACACCAGUGGUUGCGGGAGCCCUUGUGAACAAACGGGAUUAUGCAGCGAAGGCGGCAGCAGGCAAGGGGCAAGGUAAAGUUGUUGCGGUCAUCGGUGCCGUAGUAGAUGUACAGUUCGAUGACAACCUGCCUCCUAUCCUAAAUGCGCUGGAAGUACAGAACCGCCAGCCUCGUCUGGUGUUGGAGGUCGCGCAACACUUAGGAGAGAACACAGUACGCACCAUCGCUAUGGACGGUACUGAGGGCCUGGUGCGCGGCCAGCCAGUGCUUGAUUCCGGUUCGCCAAUCCGUAUACCCGUGGGCCCUGAGACCCUCGGUCGCAUCAUCAACGUCAUCGGUGAGCCCAUCGAUGAGCGCGGCCCCAUCCCAACUGAUAAAACUUCCGCUAUUCACGCCGAGGCCCCAGAAUUCGUCGACAUGAGCGUACAACAGGAAAUUUUGGUCACUGGUAUCAAGGUCGUAGACCUGCUGGCUCCCUACGCCAAGGGAGGUAAGAUUGGUCUUUUCGGCGGCGCUGGCGUCGGGAAGACUGUACUAAUUAUGGAACUGAUCAACAACGUCGCCAAAGCCCAUGGUGGCUACUCUGUGUUCGCUGGCGUAGGCGAGCGCACCCGCGAGGGCAAUGAUUUGUACCACGAAAUGAUUGAGGGUGGGGUCAUCUCUCUCAAGGACAAGACCUCCAAGGUAUCACUUGUGUAUGGCCAGAUGAAUGAGCCCCCAGGCGCGCGUGCCCGUGUCGCCUUGACUGGCCUAACUGUAGCUGAGUACUUCCGUGACCAGGAGGGUCAGGAUGUGCUACUGUUUAUUGACAACAUCUUCCGUUUCACCCAGGCUGGCUCUGAGGUAUCUGCCUUGUUGGGACGUAUCCCAUCUGCUGUAGGCUAUCAGCCCACUCUGGCCACUGACAUGGGUACCAUGCAGGAGCGUAUCACCACCACUAAAAAGGGCUCCAUCACCUCCGUACAGGCUAUCUAUGUGCCUGCAGAUGACUUGACUGACCCUGCUCCUGCUACCACCUUUGCUCACUUGGAUGCCACCACAGUAUUGUCCCGUGCCAUAGCUGAGCUGGGCAUCUACCCUGCUGUCGACCCUCUCGACUCCACCUCUCGUAUCAUGGACCCCAACAUCAUUGGUGCUGACCACUACAAUGUCGCUCGUGAUGUGCAAAAGAUUCUGCAGGACUACAAGUCACUUCAGGACAUCAUUGCUAUCCUAGGUAUGGACGAGUUGUCUGAGGAGGAUAAGCUGACAGUUUCCCGCGCGCGUAAGAUCCAGCGUUUCCUGUCGCAGCCUUUCCAAGUUGCUGAGGUGUUCACCGGUCACGCUGGCAAGCUGGUACCUCUCGAAGAGACCAUUAAAGGCUUCUCCCAAAUUCUAACUGGCGAGUAUGAUCACCUUCCCGAGGUUGCGUUCUAUAUGGUCGGCCCCAUUGAGGAAGUCGUAGCGAAGGCCGAGACUCUAGCCAAGAGCACGUAAAUAACAUGUGUGAUAUUGUAGUUAUUGCAAAAUUUAAGGGAUAUGCUACCACCUGAUAAUUCCAUAGCUGUCUGGCAUGGGCACACACAGUUUUCUCUUUUGUCCUUUUUCAUACAACUUCUAAUUGAUAUAGCAGUUAGCUACAGAAAAAGCACACUGGAGAUAAUAUGCCUUGUCCUUUUACUAUCUCUGACCAGCAAUAGUAGUGAUAUAAAAUGAUUGUUAUGUAUUUAUACUAAUUAAGAUUAUGUAACUAUUGUUAUGUAAGGACGAAU